UCCCAAGUUCAUAACAAGAGGCAAAAACCAAGUUUGCAUGUCCAAUAACGUCGAAGAACUCAACGUCCCUUUCGAUCCCUUCGCUGACGUUGAAGAGGAAAGCUCCCCUAAGGCCACCAACUAUAUCCAUUUACGUAUCCAACAGAGAAACGGUAGAAAGACAGUGACGACGCUUCAGGGCCUUCCCAAGCAGUUCGAUGCCAAGAAGAUCUUGAAGGUGUUCAAGAAGGAAUUCGCUUGUAACGGUACCGUAGUGGAACAUGAGGAAUUGGGCGAGAUUUUACAAAUGUCGGGUGACCAGCGUAUGAAGAUCGCCGAGUUUUUGGUGAAAGAAAAGAUCGCCAAGAAGGCAGAAAUCAAGGUUCACGGUUUCUAGGGAAGAAGAGACGUUGUAUAUUUCUUUUGGUUUUGGAUUUUUUUCUCUCUAUCCAUGUCUGUUACUUUGUAUCGUUGUCCAUGUAGCAGCAAUCAAUAGUAUGGAUUCCGCCUUUUUUUUCAUUUCAUUAAUAUGUAAGAAACAAAAAAAAUUCUCGUAUAUGAUCA